UUAACUCGCCAAUAUUUAAGUAAAGUCUUCAAUAGAGUACCUCACCAAAGACUCGUAAGAAAAGUGGCAGCUCAUGGUACAGGAGAAAAGACUUAGUUUUCAGAGUUGAAGACUAGUUUUUGUUGACCCAUAUUGAACCUUAUUUGGUACAUGCUGUUUCCCAACACCAUUGAGUCUGCAUUGAAAGGAAAGUCAUCAACUGGGAUACCAAAGAAGAGUGAUAACAGAAAUGAUGAAACCCCACUGAAGACACUAAUUGCCCCUGGUAUCAACAGAUUCCACAAGUUUACGGCAUCUUUUAUUGACUUCCCAAAGCCAUUGGUUGCUGUUGUGAAUGGGCCAGCUGUUGGCAUUGGAGUUACAAUACUGGGACUCUUUGAUGUAGUAUAUGCUACAGACAGGGCUACCUUCCAUACACCAUUUGUGUCAUUAGGCCAGGCACCAGAAGGCUGCUCAACCUACACUUUUCCCCGAAUAAUGGGACCAGGAAAGGCUGCAGAAAUGAUUUUGUUUGGCAAAAAGAUAAAUGCUGUGGAAGCAUGCCAGUUGGGCUUGGUAACAGAAGUAUUUCCUGAUGCAUGUCUUGAUCAAGUAUGGUCAAGGAUUUAUCAGUGGGCACAAUUGCCUCCAAAAACUUUGAUUAGUGCCAAAGGGAUGCUUAGAGCUCUUAAAAAAGACUUCCUGCAUGAGGUGAAUGACAAGGAGUGUAACAACCUUGUAGAAAGGCUGCAAUGUGAUGAAUUUUUUACUGCUAUGAUGACAUUUUUCAGUAGGAAGUCAAAACUCUAGAUAAUGCAACCAAUAUAUGUAUAUAUGCAGUAAAACCCCAGCUUUGUGUGGAGCUGCAUUUCUGCAGAUUAUCAACCAUGUAUUACAGUAUUUUAAACAGAAUGACAUGUAAGUAUGGUUUAUAACAUUGGAAAUAAACUUAUUAAAUUUAA